UUAAAAGGAAAGCAGGGGGCUUCUUUUCCGUUCUCUUGUCCUGCAUUCUAGACCCACYCCCUUGAGCUGGGAUUUAUAUACUCUSAAUCGACUGCAUAGUAAAAGUAAAAGGSACUGAGGAAAAUCUGUUUUAUUUUAUUACAUUUCACUACUGCGUUUGUAUCGAGACAGAACAGCAAUUGAGUUUAAAACUGCUGUAUCAUGACGACCGUGUUUGGUUUUAUAAAGGUCACGGAAGGUUAGUAUAGCCUUCUCUGCGAUCAACUCCAAYUAGACCCAGGCUUCCUCAUUUUUCCAGCACUGUAAAAGACGGCUCGUAAGUGAUGCAUAAUGACAUGUUCAACGUACGGUUGUGUGUUCAUUAAAGCAACAUUGCAGCCGGUCUUUUGAUGUCAAGGAAAUGAUUGAGUGCCGAUAACAAUGAAUUAGUCCUCUUUUUAAAUCAAUGCAAACAAUUACAAAAAAAUAAUUAAAAAUUACUGAAUAAUUCACAAACCUGUUCGCUUAUCUGAGCAAGCUAAUUAUUUUAGCUAGAUGACUGUCUUCAGUGCUAAAUUGAUUUUCAUAUUACAAAAACAAGAAGACGGAAAAACGAGCAGACGGAGUCCCACGCACUAAAAUCCAUCAAUUUACGGUAAAAAGAUUUUAUUAAGGGAGGAUUUCUUCAAAAUGAGAAAACUUGCUGUUUUAAUGUGUGUGUUUCUUAUUCUGAAUGAGUUUGGUCCAGCUCAAUUCCUUCGCUUACGUCAUGUAAAGCAACAUGAAUUGAUGUCAAACAACGACAAACGCUGGUCAGGAGCAGCAAAAACUCUUCUGCAAUAUGUAUUCAAAGCGGUCCAAAUAGGUGGUACGGUGGCAAAUCAAGUAACAGGCCUUUUGUCAAUCAUAUCCACUGUUUACACCUUACUUGAGGAUUGCAAAGACACCUCUUAUGGCCCAGAAACCAAACGACUMAACGAUGAUAUAAAGACUAUGAUAGACUCUAUAAAAGCGGGAAGUCCACGAGUCUACGAUAUUCAACUUGAAACUAAAAAUCUGCAAAACAUGAUUGAAUAUGUCAACUAUAACUUCAAUAACACUCUGGAAGAAAUGGAAAAAGCUGGAUAUUUGUCUGAAGAGUUUCUGAAAUUUGUCGACCCGAAUAUCACGAGCAGUUUAGAUGAGAGCACAUUGGAAGUCGAGGAAAUGCUUGGCAAAGCACAACAAGCCGGAGAAAAAGUGGACUAUGCAGCUGUAUCCAAGUCAUACUACCUAAGAAUUGACAAAUCCGUCAAAAUCGCCAUUCCUAUUUUUACAUCAUUGAUACCAAAUAUCCCUAAAAUAUACAAGUUUGCAGGCAAGCGUCUUGCUAAUCUAAAAGGCUGGGAGAUGACGAAAAAGUUUAAGAAUAUCCAGAUUCCUGGAAAAAACACGAAGGCAUAUCGAGGAAUGAAAAGUUGGUUCUCUAAGACAUCAGAUUACAUCAAAACUGCCAAGGUGAACUUAAGAACUGCCGUCACGGGCAAAUACGCCAAGGCACUUAAAGUGGUUAAAGGACUUAAAGAUGGAUUYUUGGCGCUAUCGAACUAUGUCGCUGCAGGAUACAACAUAUACACGGUAGUACAAAAUUUCAAUCGCGACGACUGUCGGAAACUUCUCGAGAAAGCCAAGGAGACUUAYCCGGAGGUCGUGAAAGCAAACCAGACGUACAACGAAGUACUCGCGAGCGUCGAARCUGCCAAAGCACAAAUGAAUGAGGUAAAAGACGACAUGUUGGACCAAGUUUCCAGUGAUGUUUUCCUUGAGGAUUUGAGGAACAUGAAGGAAAACAUGAUAUCGAUACAAGGCRACGGAAAUGGCAUGCAAAGCAUGAUUGAUGCGACAGAGAUUUAUCUCAACGAAAUCCCUAACAACAGAGACAUUGACCAAGUGGCAACCGUCAUGAACAACUUAUACGAGGAAGCUAUUGGCAUUCUACCACAUAUCUAUACUUGUGUUAAUAACAGAGCUAAACUUGUGAGCGAUGUYGUCAAUAACUGCAGAAAUGGAAAGGACGAGCUUUCCAAUAUCAUUACAGAUGCCAGAACCUUCAACAACUAUCGACCGGAGGAAUGUGAACAACAAACAGGCCUUGCWUUCUUUUCUGAGGAAGUACUGCAACAAAAGGUCCAAGAUGCGGCCGAAGAGUAUGGUUUUAACAAAGAAUGCAAGCUUAACGACCCAACCACACUUGAUCUGAUUUGUGAAUACCACUGUAAACCGAAAAGUCCAAGUGAAAUUUCUDAAAAGAUCAACAUUCCUGUUACAGAAGUGGAGAGCGUACUCAAGGAAUGUCCCUUGUGUGAAAUAACCAACAUUAUGAAGAGGUACAUUUGCAAUGCGAAGUCUGCUCCACCAGAUACUGACAAGGAGAUUCAAGARRUUCUGCCACAACUGACUUUGGAACAGAUUGCAGGAGUACAAUGUCCUUAGUCUAAAGAAGAUGCGAAAUUGUACCACRCGACAGCGUCACAAACUUGAAUCAAUAAACACAUUUACUUUAACAUGUUGCUUUACUCACUAGGGGAGAGGUUGACUGUCCCUAAAUCAACAAAAUUGGGGAUAGUGGUUGACUAAGACGUUACCCAAAUCAUUCUAGAGAAAACACUUUCUAUGUAAUAAAACUUUUAUUUGUUAUUAAAAUGCAUUCUUACAAAAUAUACCAUAUCAGUUACCGAAGAAAUUACCAGAGGCUAAGAAAUUUCACCGUUCCGUACGAUUAGAACUCAGGUCAYUCAAGAAAUAAAAUAAUUCGACAGAACUGCCCAUGCAUACAGAAUAGAUACUACUUUGAAUUCUACCUCAGUUGCAGCUGKUCAUAUGGAGUGAGCCUGCUGAACUGAACAAAACAAAUCAGCCUGAUAAACUGGGUAACUCGAGAAAACCCUUCACUUUUCAAAUCGAGACGUUUCCAUACACCCACGAAACCACGAGUCUAAAAAUCGACUUCUAAAUUGUACAUUUUUAUAUUUAAAUUUAAACAAAAUCUUAACAAAAGAUGUUUUUUCUUGAAAACUAUAUAAUUGUAUUUGUUAUUCGUGUCUUUAUACAUUUCAUUAACAUUUUGUUUGAAUAAAUGGAAGGAACUGUU